CCGCAGCACGAGGCGGGACUUCCGGUGACUUCUCCUCACGGAUGGGAGUUCGGGGUGAGCGCAUAGUAGACAGAAAGGGUUUGGUCCAUUCUGGUAAUAGUCAGGGUGUCAGCAUUCGGUGUGUGAGUCAGCGCGGAACCGAAACUGCUGCAGACAGCUCCGCGGCGGAGGCGCACAAGCCCUGAAGAAGACCCCCCUCGUAGAUGAACGUCGCCCUCGGGUAUGCUGCCCUGAGUCUGCCGCCGGCACCCGCCCUGCCAACAUGUCUGAUGUCAACAAGACUCUGCAGAAAUGGCACGCCAGUUUCAGAAAAGGCAUAGACUUUGACUCGUGGGGACAGUUAGUGGAGGCUAUAGACGAGUACCAAAUUCUUGCAAGGCAGCUGCAAAAAGAAGUGCAGUCAUCCAACUCAUCAGACUUCACCGAAGAACAGAAGAAAACUUUAGGGAAGAUUGCAACAUGCCUAGAGAUGAGGAGUAUCAGUUUGCAGAGCACACAGUCAACCGAGGAGUUCAAGUUGGAAGACUUGAAGAAACUGGAAAGCGUCAUUAAGAAUGUAUUGACGUACAAUAAAACAUUUCCCUUUGAUGUCCAACCAGUGCCCAUAAGAAAAAUCCUCGCUCCUGGUGAGGAGGAGAAUCUGGAGCUGGAGGAAGAAGAUGUCGCGGCGGUCGCUGGUUCCACAGAAGCGUUUCCCCCGAGAGCUCCUGCCUCACAAGGUAGGACCAUAUCAUCAAAGUACUGCCGUUAUGUGCAUGGCUUAGAUCUCCCGAGAUCAACAAAUGUCCUCGAUGCACAAUGGGGGAACAGUAGUUUAAUCUUUGUGACAUCAUUGCCCUCUUUAGGUACCUUGUUGCCACGGUUACCCUCCGAGCCUGGAAUGACGUUGCUUACAAUAAGAAUAGAAAAGAUUGGGCUGAAAGAUGCCGGGCAAUGCAUCGACCCGUACAUGACCAUUAGUGUCAAAGAUUUGAAUGGGGUGGACUUGAACCCUGUUCAGGACACCCCAGUUGCCACCAAGAAGGAAGACAUCUACAUUCACUUCAUUAUGGACGUCGAGAUCCAAAGGCAUCUGGAGAAACUACCAAAAGGGGCAGCUAUUUUCUUUGAAUUCAAGCACUACAAACCCAAGAAGAGGUUCACCAGCACAAAAUGUUUUGCAUUCUUGGAAAUGGAUGAGAUCAAGCCCGGUCCAGUUGUGAUUGAGCUGUACAAGAAGCCCACCGACUUCAAGAGGAAGAAACUGCAGCUUCUUACAAAGAAACCACUUUAUCUUCAUCUUCAUCAAACCUUGCACAAGGAUAGCUAAGAUGCCCACAAGGCACCACUACAAAAUUUCAAGUACCGUAUUUUCUGGACUAUAAAUUGCGUUUUUUUUCAUAGUUUGGGUGGGGGGUCGACUUAUACUGAGGAGCGACUUGUAUGUGAAUUUUUUCACAAAUUU